AUGGUGCUGGCCGGGGCAGCAGCGGCUGGCUGGGGGAGCGGGGGCCCCCCAGAGGGGCCCCCCGGGGGGCCCCCCGACCCCAUUUUGCUGAGUCUUAAGGAAAGUGAGCAGCUGCCUGAGGACCCUCAGCAGGUGUUUAUUGACUACUUUGGGGAGUACAGAGACCCCAUAUUGGAUGUAAUUGAAGAGCUGAACAGCAAAAAGGAGACACUUAAAGCUGAGAAGGCACAAAUGGAGCAAGCCAUCAUAGAGCUGGGUCAGCAGCAGCAGCAGCAGCAGCAGCAGCAGCAGCAGCAGCAGCAGCAGCAUAAAGAACAGCAGCAGCAGCAUCAAUAA